AAGACGUUUGAGGAAGUUUGAAACAUCACAAAUUUAGUAGGGGGUUUAAGCGGGAGGAGGAGGGGUCACUGUUGUGUAUGCAAUGUCAAAAUUCUUGUAGAUUGGAAGGGGACAGCAGUUUCAGUAGUGAUUGGGAGUUUGUAUAUAUAUAGAGUACAUUGAACCAGAGGUUUUCGAUUGGGAAAAACCAGUGGAUUUGGUUAUGUUGAUUUGGAUGGACAUUAUUCAAUCGAGUGUUUGAGGCGGCGGAAACAAAUUAGAAACUUGCAGUUUCUUGAAUUCGUUUUGUUCGGAUACAAGAUGGAAGGAGGACCUGUAAAGGUUGGUGCCCAAGAUUUUACAACAUGUCUUCGCUUGGUCAAUAAAAAUCCAUAUGUACUUAAAUUAGCUUUCUCAGCAGGCCUUGGGGGCUUACUGUUUGGUUAUGAUACAGGUGUCAUAUCUGGUGCGCUCUUGUACAUUCGAGAUGACUUCAGAUCUGUGGAUAGUUCUACAACAUUGCAGGAAACUAUUGUGAGUAUGGCAAUAGCUGGAGCAAUCAUUGGUGCUGCGAUAGGAGGAUGGUGUAAUGACCGUUAUGGAAGGAGAACAGCACUUCUCAUUGCUGAUAUCGUGUUUUUCAUUGGAGCAAUUCUCAUGGCUUCUGCACCCAACCCUGCACUGCUCAUUGUUGGUAGAGUAUGUGUGGGUUUGGGAAUAGGCAUGGCGUCAUUUACUUCACCACUUUACAUUUCAGAGGCCUCCCCAUCCAAAGUGAGGGGAGCCUUAGUGAGUACUAAUGGCUUUCUCAUCACUGGAGGUCAAUUUUUAUCCUAUAUCAUCAAUCUGGGACUCAGUAGGGCACCUGGUACUUGGAGAUGGAUGCUUGGAGUUGCAGGUCUUCCUGCAAUUUUGCAGUUUUUCUUGAUGUUUUAUUUACCGGAAUCUCCUCGUUGGUUAUACAGAAAGAAAAGAGAAGCAGAGGCAAUUGCCAUCUUGAAGAGGAUAUACCCCCCUGAAGAAGUUGAUGCUGAAAUUCAAGAGCUAAAAGAAACUGUAGAAGAAGAAAUACGGUUACAAGGAGAUUCUAAAAGUUUUAGUUAUGUCCAGUUGUGGAGGGUGAAAGAAGUGAGAUAUGCACUUAUUGCAGGUUGUGGACUUCAACUCUUUCAACAAUUUGUGGGUAUCAACACUGUGAUGUAUUACAGUCCUACCAUUGUCCAGCUGGCUGGAUUUGCAUCCAAUCAAGUUGCUUUGCUGCUAUCUCUUAUAACAUCAGGGUUGAAUGCAAUUGGUUCAAUUGUUAGCAUUUCUCUGAUUGAUAGAUAUGGAAGGAGAAAACUCCUAAUUUUCAGUCUGCUGGGAGUCAUUGCAUCGUUAGGUAUAUUGACUGGGGUAUUUCAUGUAACUACCGAAAGCUCUCCUCUGGUAAGCAGAAAAUCAACAGACGGAUUUUCAGGUUAUCAGUGCCCAGAUUAUGCUUCUUUGACUGGCGGUACAUGGGAUUGUAUGCGAUGCCUAAAGGCCUCGCAUCCAGAAUGUGGUUUCUGUGCAUCACCAGGGAACCAGUUGUUACCAGGAGCUUGUUUAAUCUCCAACUCAACAGUGAAGCAUAUUUGUCAAGGUGGUUCUCGUCCAUGGUUCACCAGAGGAUGCCCUAGCCGUUUUGGUUGGUUAGCUGUUGUAGGACUGGCACUUUAUAUCAUUUUCUUUUCCCCUGGAAUGGGAACAGUCCCAUGGGUCACAAACUCUGAGAUAUAUCCUUUGCAGUACAGAGGAACCUGUGGAGGCAUUGCUGCAACAGUGAACUGGAUCUCUAAUUUGGUUGUUUCACAAACCUUUCUCACUAUGACACAAAAUAUUGGCACUUCCAUGACAUUCCUGGUGUUUGGAAUUAUAUCAGUGAUCGCCAUUUGCUUUGUAAUAGCCAUAGUACCUGAAACUAAGGGCCUUUCCCUGGAGGAUGUUGAAAGCAUGUUGCACAAAAGAGUUAAAAAGUACAGUUUUCUCUUUGGGAAGACCGAUGAUGGCCCAACUGAAGGAGAUCCAAAUGUUAAAGGGGGCUGCACUUGAGCGCUCAUAGAUAGUGAAGUGUAACUUUUUGUGUUGGAGAUUUGAGUACAGAGAAAAUAUGAUAUGAACUGGGUAGAGCUUUUUGCAUGUCAGCUAUGGUAUAAUGUGAAGUACAUAGAUCAAUAUGCUGUAAUAUGCCUAUCUGUUUAAUUUAAUUGGUAUUGUUUUGUUCUGCUAAUAACGAGGGAAGCAUUACAGUACAACUUUGUGAAUUUAAUGAUUAUGUACCAGACUAUUACUUUCCCAUGAUUAAUUAUCUUAAUGGUAUGAUGAUCCGUUUGUUUC